GAAGCUAAUCACAGAUUAAACAAUGGCUUUGGCAGUGGUGAAUGGACCAACGGUGACGGAAUUUGUAGAAGAUAAGCAAGCAUUUGAAACGUCCGUGAAAGAAUGCUUUGAAAUGCUCGACACUAAUGGCGAUGGAGAAAUUUCACGUGAUGAGCUUUGUGCAGGAAUUUGCAAGUUCAUGACUCAGACAAAACAAGAGAUGGGUAAUCUUUGCGAUUCCAUUUUUGAAAGAUUUGAUGAGAAUAAAAAUGGGAGUAUUGAUCCUAAAGAGUUUAGGUCAUUGAUGGAGGAGAUUAUGUUCGCCAUGGCUCGUGGGAUUGGUAACUCUCCUGUCCUUAUGGUUCUUGAUCCUGAAAGCUUGCUCAUGAAGGCUGUCCAGCAUGAAUAUGCCAAGAAAUGA